AUGGCGGACUCGUGCCGGAACCUUACCUAUGUGCAGGACUCGGUAGGGCCGGCCACCAGCACCCUGAUGUUCGUGGCGGGUGUGGCGGGCAACGGGCUGGCGCUGGGCAUCUUGGGGGCACGGCGGUGGUCGCGCCCAUCGGCCUUCGUGGUGCUGGUCACCGGGCUGGCGGUGACGGACCUGCUGGGCACGUGCUUUCUGAGCCCUGCCGUGUUCGUGGCCUACGCUCGCAACAGCUCACUGCUGGGCCUGGCGCGGGGCGGCCCUGCGCUGUGCAACACCUUCGCUUUCGCCAUGACCUUCUUUGGCCUGGCCGCCACACUCAUCCUCUUCGCCAUGGCCGUGGAGCGCUGCCUGGCGCUCAGCCACCCCUACCUGUAUGCCCAGCUGGAUGGGCCGCGCUGCGCGCGCCUGGCACUACCUGCCAUCUAUGCCUUCUGCACCCUCUUCUGCUCGCUGCCCCUGCUGGGCCUGGGCCAACACCAGCAGUACUGCCCGGGCAGCUGGUGCUUCAUCCGCAUGCGCUCGGCUGAGCCGGGCGGCUGUGCCUUCUCGCUGGCCUAUGCCAGCCUCAUGGCCCUGCUG